GGGGUUAAGAAGUGGUAGGGUUUUUGCGUACUCCCCGGGAGCACCAGGCAAACCAGGAGAAGGAAGCCACUGCAGCUCAGGCAGCAACCCAGCAAGCCUUAGAAGGAAUUGGAAAACUGUUGGCGGUCUUUGGUUUCGUCGGACCAUCUGUGGCUCAGGAUCAGCCGUCGACCUCUCCGGACUCCUACGACCCUAAGAACUACACCCAAGCUGCUGAAGUGGAACACAUGGACUACACCCAAGCUGCUGAAGUGGAAAACAUGGAUGUCGAUGAAGAUCCAGUGGGCAGCAGAGCUAUCCCCGAACUACCUCGCCCAAGGUUGGAGCUGCACUCGACAGCAAAGACAUUCUGACACUGUGGGAAAACCUCCAUCAACAGUCGCCGAUCAUGCUCAACUCAGAAGAGCACAAGGUGAUGCUGGAGUCCUUGUCCGAGCAGCUCGCCGUGGAGGCUUUGGACGGGGCCUGUGCCGCGGGCUGCAUGGCGCUCUUGAUGGACAGGGAGGUGACUUCCGACCACGACUGGGUGUCGCUGUCUGUGCGCUACGUGGCCGACACUGGGGAUGCCGUGGAGCGCUUGAUUCUGGUGCAGGAUGCGAGGGAUUUCAAUGGAUCUCCAACCGAAUUCUCCUCUUACUUAUUCAGACAGUUCAAGAAUCUGUGCGGGAAAGCCAAAAUGGACUGGCAGUACCCUCUGAAAUUCUUGAGUGCAGUUGACUGCGGCCACUUUGGACCACACUUUGUGACGCUCGUCCGAGCUGAGGCGAUACUUGUUCAAAACGUGGGAAGCAUCUCUGUGCCCCUCGACAGACGGGUCGCUAUUGCGUGCUACGAAACCCCUGCAGUCUCAGAACCCGUGAAGGACUACUUGCCCACAUUUUUCAGCACCAUUGACGUGUUGAGGCAACACUUCGCCAUGAGCGGCCAGAGGUUCGGGUUACUGAGGCGCGUCUGCAACUAUGUGGGUGAACGUGACCCGUGGCUGACUUACACAUCAUCCAUCAAGUUCCUCCUUGAAAACCGAGCGAAAUUCCCAAGACUGCUACAGCAAUCUGUUGGUUUGGAUCCAAGUCAGAAGCUCAUCAUGGCCUCUGUCCAGGAAAAAUUAGAUGAACAGUUGUUUAUAACCUGUCUAGUAACAUUCGAUGGGGUGUUCAGUCAGCUUCAGGGCGCUCCAGAGCCUGACGUCGACUCAAGCAGUGGCUGGAAAUCUAUUUUGCGUCGUCUGGAAGGGCAUGAACAUGUUUUAUCAGGCCCUGCAUUCCAGGAAUGUCUUGUAGAAAGAAUCAAAGCCAUUGGGCCUUACUACUAUUUGCCACAAGAAGGCAAGGCUCGUUCCCUGAUAGGCUUCGUAACGAAAGUGGCCAGCAAAGUCGUGAGCCAAAUGUUGACAGCCUUUCGGGAGUGUUCUCUUCUAUUAAAUUGCUUGGAAUCUGAGGAGGACAGGUCAAGAGGUGUGCUCGACUUCGGCCGCUACAAGUUCCAUGAGGAGCUGUUGUCCUUGAGGAAGCUGUUUCCUCAGUGCAGCAUGGAUUCGCCUCAGGUAGUUCUGAGGAAGCUUCCUCGGUUUGAGUUCGUGAGAACCCGACCAGCUUUGCACCGAGCCCUGCAGCGCGUGGUGACCAUGCCUCUGAUCCCACCCGUGGGCCCGCGGUCCGCGGCACAGCUCCGUGACGGCGUGCGGCGUACCGCCGCCAUCCUGCCUGCCAUGGGCACCGCCGUGGUCUCGGUGGCCGUCUUCGCCUGCCGCCCCUCGGAGAACGCGCUCGCCAGGGCGCUGCUUGAAGUGCGAGCGAAGUGCCCCCAGCUCGCGGUCAGCCGCCCGGGACUCGUGGAAACCAGACUGUGACCUGUGGACACGGUGGUGCUGAAGCCUGUGCGCCUGGUUGGUACAUUCGCUUUAAAGACUGUCGGAAUCAAAUGUACCUCCAGUUCCUGAUACUUUCAGUUCGCAAGCACGAUAGGGAUGUGUUACUCACAGCUGAGUCUUAAUUCGGUGAUUUGUGUUGGAGUCUAGCAUGGUGGUACUCCAUUUUGCCUGUAAAGGUUUUUGAUUGUUAAUUUGCCCUGGAAGGGUUUUCGCGUCUAGCUUGGUGCGAUUCCAAUUUGUUUGUAAGUUAGGAUUUGACAUUGUUUAUUUCUUUUUCUAGUGUGUUAAUCGGUACAUUUAAGUUCCUCCAUGUAUACCUUAUACAGUACGAAGUAAGAUAAUAGCAGACUGUACAUCAUUGUGCGAGUUCCAUGUUCUAUAAUCAAGUAUGUUCUUCUAAUUUGCAUUGUAAGUCUUUUUUCUUUUGUAAAAAUUUCUUUGCAGUAUAAUUUUAUUUUUUCAGCUUUGAAUCAGUCGCUGUUAUUAUUAUCCCUGUCAAUCAAAAUAAAACUUUCUUUCAAACUGCA